AAUAGUGCAUUAAUUUGAAAUCGCAAAAGAGAACACAACAAGCGCGCACUUAGCGGAUGUUUUGUAUAAAUUUCAAUAGAAACAGAAAUAUACAACAACAAAAUAUAAAAUGAAGUUUGCAUUAAGCGUCCUGACGAUCUGUGGAUUAAUUGCUCUCGGCUGCGCAGCACCGCUUGACGACUCGGCGAAUGCACGACUGUUGCGUUACGAUUUCGACAAUAUCGGAGUAGAUGGUUAUGAUUUUAGUUUUGAAACUAGUGACGGUACCGAACGCAAGGAGAGUGCAGAACUUAAAGAUUUUGGCGGAGAUAAUAAAGCGCUCAUAGUAGACGGUUUUUCGACAUGGAUAGCACCCGAUGGCCAAAAAUACACACUGCAUUAUCUUGCUGAUGAGACAGGCUUCCAUCCAUGGGGCGACCAUUUGCCACAAUUUAAGCCAAAACAUAAAUCUUAAACUAAAGAUAUUUUGCAAUUUCUGUACACACUAAUAAUUUAAACUAACCCUUUAAAAUGUCAAUGUCCAAUAUGAAUUAAUAUAAUAAUAAUAAUAAACAACUUUACAGUAUUAA